UUGCGCCCUCUCCCCACCCCCACGUCGCCGAACUACCCCGAGAUUCUGAUUAGCAUUUUGUAACUGCAGUGUCCGACACAAAUCCCGUCGUGUAGCGAGAGAGACCAGCCGAGGUAGUGGCCGAGGGCAACACGGCCACGAAUCUCACGACCAGCAUUUCUUCCCCUGAGGCAAAUUACGAAGCCGCUCCGUUACGUCACCGUCGUCGGAGUUUCCCUCGCCCGGCAGCAAACAUUAGAGGCACGCACUCGGCCCACUCUGCCUACUAUCAGUCUUCUUUUCCCCGUGUGCGCGUGGAAGUCUGGUCCGACUCACGCUCUCCGGCCCUGUCUCCAAAGGAACCGCUCAAAGCGUACCAGGAGUUUGGAAACGACAAGAGCGUCCCCCUUGGAUAGUUGCCUAUACUGACGAGAUCAUGUUACGGGAGGAUCUUGCUCCGCGAUAGUCGAGAAAUCCGCGCGCGAGUCGUGAUUGGCAUUCGCACGUGGGUGUGUUGUUGUCGUACGUCAGGUACAUCAGCCGGUGCGCGCGCGCGCGCGUGUGCGGUUUUGACGAAGUGUUGAGUGAUAGUGUUGUGAUUUUGGUGACCCGAUGUGUGUGCAUGAAUUAUGUGAUAGCUGUCCCGUGUGUUUAACUCCGUUACUGUUCUGGUUCUAAUUCCCUUGUGCUCAACGGCUCGUUCGAGCAGUGUUACCAUCUGCUCCUGGAACCCCGGGGAGCAUCUCUACAAGUGUCGAGUCUAUGGGCAAGACUGGUGCCCUUCUUGGAGCACAAUGAGAUUCAUCUAAGAGGACAGACACUGUGAAUGCGCGAUGCUCUGCGACGUGGCCCGUGGAUGGAUGUGAAUGCUGUUAAGUGUCUGGAGGAUAUGCUCGAAGAAGUGUGAGUGCGGUGGUCAUGUCCAGCUGGGAUGUAUCCGGGUCGUACGACGUGCAAGGCAAGACUUCCCCGACGAAACAUCGAAAGCGGCGUCCCAGCCUGUUGUCCGGAUGUCGGAACGCUCCGCGAAGUCGGAGACACACCACGUCCAUCGCACAGUUGUACCGUCCUGUGCCCUGGAGGACGGUACAGGUGGGCGUGCGAGGACCCAGGGGACUUUAUGAAACGGUUACGGGAGAAGGACACGUUCAGAUCCAGCAGCUAGUGGCGCCCCUGGUGGAGAAUUGGAGCAUAUUCCAGCCUCGUAUCCGGCUUGCCGCUUCUGGCGCUCCCGUUGAUCCUGACGCCUGUACUGCUCUUCUUGUAGGCCAGGAGAUCCUGCUGGAAGACCGCAAGAACUAUGGGAUACGCUCCCGCACUGGAUUCGAUAGCCGCUUUGGAAUACUUGAAGAACUGACAAUUUCGGAGAAGGAAUACAACGCUGACCUCAAGGGGGCAUACAACUUGUACGCAAGACCUCUCAAGAAGCUGAUGUCUGUGCAAGUCGACGAACACCAGGCCCUCUUCGACUGGGUGGAACCCAUCUGCUCUGUCAGCAGCCUCAUGGUCAUCAAGCUGCACGCUGCAAUGGAGAACUGGGACGCACAGCAGACGAGAAUCGGAAGCACCUUCUCCAAGCUGCUGUGGAGCCAGUACGAGGAUUACCAGGCGUCCCUGCAGAGGACAGUGCUUCCCGCUUUGAAGGACAAGGAAGCCCACGAUGUGGAAUUCGUAACCCUGUGUAAAAUGCGCAAAGGAGCCGUCAAGUACACGCUGCACGACUUCCUACACCAACCGCUGGAACGGCUCCUGCAGUAUGACCAGUACCUUGCUCAGCUGUCCUCAGCGACUCCCAACCACCACCCCGACUACAGCGACCUCUGUAAAGCAGCACAGAAAGCCAGAAGCAUGGUAAGGCGGGGCGACCCGGGAAAAGAAGAGACAGAUCUGGACCGGAUCCAAGAUCUCUUUCCCAGCGACAACCUCAGGCUCAACGAGAGGGAUCCUCUCUCACCGCGGAAAGGUCUGCUGCGUUCGAAGUCUGUGGCGGCGUCCAAGCUGCAUCGGGCGCUCUCUGGGAAGUCAAAGUCUGCGACCGACAUUUUGUCACCCACCAAGGAAAACGGCGGAUUCUUUCAAGAUGGCGGAAGGAACAAUAACUGGACACGUUGCUUCAUCAUGGACGGACCUGCCCAAUUUUCCAUUGGACUUCAGAAUCAAGAGCGCCAUCUUUUUCUGCUCAGCGACGUCUUGUUAAUAGCCAAGCCAAAGUCUUCCGGCAACUAUAAGCUGAAAGACAAAGUCCGGACCUGCGAACUGUGGCUCUCCAACUGCCUGUCUGACGUCAGCGAAUCCACAAGGUCCAGCGAUACCUCUUUCGUGAUUGGUUGGCCCACUACCAAUGUUGUCGUUACCUUCAGUUCUUCGGCGACUCGGGAUUUGUGGCACAACCAGUUCACGCAGCUUAUUUCUGAAGCUAAAGAGAAGGAAGGCAGACAGCUGACGUCCUUACAGGUCAGCUACUGGGACCCCGUGUCACAGCGAGACUAUCUUCAGACAAUCAAGAUAAGCAACACCCACACCACAAAGGACUGCAUCUACCUGUGCACUCAGAAAAUUGAUGGGGCGUUCAGCGCAGACGAGUUCCAGAUGUGGGUAAAAACUGGGAAAGAGGAGUCUCCCUACCCGCUUAUCGGACACGAAUAUCCGUACUGCAUCAAGAUGAACUUUGUGAGGGACUUGCUGCAGAAUUCCAACAUUGACCUGUCUUCCUUGGGUGACGUCAUCACUGACUGCAAGUGUGCCUUCAUUCUGCGACGGAACUACCACAAGAUCACUAUUAAUAAUGUCGAAAAGCAGAAGAAGGUGCGGCGUCCUACCAUCAUCAACUGGCCAUUCAAGAAGCAACCGUCGAAGCAGUCCUCUACGGAUUCGGGAACUGUCUCGCCCGUUGUUGGCAGUCUGUUUGGUCAAGAGCUCAGCAAAGUGUCCCCCAGCGGGACUGUUCCUAGGCCAGUCAUGGCACUGCUCAAGCAGCUCUUUCUGCGAGGCCCAUUCACGUACGGUAUCUUCCGGAAAUCUGGGAAUGUCCGAGCCAAGAGAGAACUGCAGUCACGGCUGGAAGAAGAUCCGGACUACACUCUGAGCGACGUGCCCAUUCAUGUGGUUGCUGCUACGUUCAAGGAGUUCCUGGGAUGCCUUCCAGACUGUUUACUGCAGAGGAGUCUGUACACGGAGUGGCUCAAAGUACUGCAAGUAGAACCGGAGUGGAAGAAGCGGGAUUACAUCAUAAGUCUUCUGAAGAAGCUUCCGCCCGCAAAUGUAGAACUCCUUCGGCACUUCCUCUGCGUCCUGUGGCACAUCAGUCGCCGCAGUUCGGAAAACAAGAUGCCUUCUUCCAACCUUGCUGUGUGCAUUGGGCCUAGUCUACUCAGCCCCAAGUUUGUGGACAGCUACCAUUCGCCAACGCUACAAUCUGAGAUAUCGGAGCAGGUUCCACACCUAGUUGAGUACCUGAUUGAGCACAGUGUCGACAUCUUUGGAAAAGAGUUCCUACAGCUCUUUGGAGAAGUACCACAGAAGGACCCUUCACGUCAAGAUUCUGGUGCGGAAGAAUCCGACAGUCCUCACAGUCUGCAAGAAAAUGGUGGUGCAUUCCGAAGGGACGAUUCCUCCAUCGACAGCCUCGAGAGAGCUCUUAUGGAUGACUCUAGUCCAAAGCUGCCAAACCGGACAAAAGUGUCGCUCACAAACCUCAGCAGGGACUCUGGCCUGACACUGAGCGACACACAGCUGUACACGCCGGAAGACGAUGUAGAGAUGGAUGCCAACACGUCGCUUCAGGGCAUGACCAAGAGCGUUCCCCACUUGGACAUCGUGGGUGUUGGCGAACUCCACUGUGCCAGGAAAUCCUCGAAUCAGCAGAUGCUGGACCACUCGGACCUUGCGGGCAUGGAGUCCAUGUACAGCCGCGGCAACGGCCGCUCGUGCAACGACGUGGUGCGGCGCAGGAAAUGCGGCGCUGACAACCCCAAGAGCUGCAGGCCCCAAAACGUUUCCGCGACGCCCGGUGUCUACACGCGAUUUUCGCCCGUGAGCCGAGACGCCCGGAGCCAGCAGCUCCAGUAUUCCAAGUCGUGCAACUAUCGUGACAGCGACGUCGUCGAGAGCGACGACCUCACCACGAACGACACGCUGGUGCGGUGGAGGAAGCACCGAGGACGGCAGCAGCGAGGGCAGGUGAUGUCUGCCAUAGAGAUCAGCCAUUCCCAUUCUUCGCUGAUCAGGAGUGCUUCGGAGGAGAGUCUUCUGCAGAAGUACAUAUGCGAGGACGUGUCGAAACGGCGCCCGCAGCACAGCAAGGGCAUGGCGCCGAAACCCCCCAUGGAAGUGUACAGUAACAACGGCUUCAAUUGUGACCGCGCGAUGCCAGACAGGCACGCGGUGUGGUUCGCCAAUCACAACCGGACUGUAGAUUGGAAGCGCAGCCAAUCGACUUCAAAGAUCGACGAAAUUGACAACGUCCACGAAGCACCUCCGCUUUCUUGCGCGCCGAGUCAGAGCACGUUCUCCGGCAACCGCAUUCCGGUCGGCGCGCAGGAACAGGCGUCGAGGACGGGCGUCGUCCACACUCCGCCGCGCGUAAACAGCGUGUGCAGCUCCGCGUCUGACACCAGCCAACGUUCCCACAGGUCUCACGACUCUAACAGCUCUUGUCUCUCCGGUCGAUCGCGAGGUUCCUGCCAGUCCAGACGGACUCCCGUCUCCUCCACCUCGCCGGACAUUGCCCCCAUACACCGUUCCCCGUUGCACAAACCCGCCGAGCCCCCCAGUUACCGCGAGGCCAUGACCCGUCGAUCGCUGCUCCACCGCUCGCAAACCCUGCCGCAGGCGGAGGACGGCGCCGCCGACACGAGGGAGCAGACGCCGCUGGGCGUGAAGGCGCGCCAGCUCUACGAGAGCUCCCUCAAGCAGUACAACCAGCAGCUGGAAGAAGGAAGCGAGACCCACCACGCCAUCCUCGUGAAGGUCGACAGCAGCGACGAGGGCAUCGCGGAGAGUCCGCCGCCGCCGCUCCCUCCGAAGCCCCACUCCAACGUGCACCGCACCGUCAGCGAGGGCACCGGUGUACGGCUGCGACAUCACCCACCUGUUCACGUCAAGGACUCUCAGCUUGUGAACAGAGGGAAGUGCGUUGUGGUGUCCUCUUUCCACGACCGUUGCCAGAACCAGGCGCUCUACGAUUUUCCCAAGGAAAUCAGCUGGAGCGUCGCGCAACUGCGCAAUUUUUUCAGCAACCAGUCUGCGCCCGUGGUGGAAAGGAUAGAGGAACAGCGUGAGGAGGGCUUGAGUGAGCGCCGCAGUCCCGUUCACGACAUUGUGAGCACCAUUCGGGGCGAAGAGUCCUAUGUAUAAGUUUGCACACUUAGUGCGCCCAAAACUCAGGAUGGUUGCGUGUCACCCUUUUGUAAUUUCUCGGAUGAAUGACGUGUGUCUGGAUGUGCCCCAUAGAUCAUGUUACUGUAGAGAGUCCGUGCCAAACAGAGAGAUAUAAAGCUGCCUGUACAUAUGUCGAUGCGUGCAUGCGAUCGCAUGCUGAAUGUAUUAUGCUUCCGCGUGAAGCCGAGAAGCUAUUGAUUUUGACUGUACAUAAUUAUAUAUAAGUAUAUAUUGGAUACAGAGCUUCAUCCUGUACAGACGUGACGUUAAGCAGAUGUGUUCGUAUAGCUGACCACCGUAAAUACCACAUAGUAUGCUCUGGAUAGUCCUCGGCAAUGUUUGGCCUGACUGUGGCAGUGUAUGUAGAUACUGUUUAAAGCAAUAAAGGUUUGUGUAUACAUGA